CUCAAAACUCUCAUUCUCUUUGGAUUCGAAGUCCGUGCUUCUCCUUCUCUCUCUCUGACGAGUUGUCAACCCAUCCGAGAAAGAUGGAGUACCGCAACAAACUCGUUCUCGCUCCUAUGGUUCGCGUUGGCACUCUUCCAUUUAGAUUACUAGCUGCUCAAUAUGGUGCAGAUAUCACAUACGGUGAGGAAAUCAUUGACCAUAAGAUGGUCAAGUGCGAGCGCCGAAUCAAUGAUCUCAUUGGAUCCACUGAUUUUGUGGAGAAAGGGACGGAAAAUGUUGUGUUUAGAACUUGUGAUCAAGAAAAAGAAAGGGUUGUAUUUCAGAUGGGCACAUCUGAUGCUAUGAGGGCCCUAACUGCUUCUCAGUUAGUGUGUAAUGAUGUUGCUGCAAUAGAUAUUAACAUGGGAUGCCCAAAGUCAUUUUCUGUGAGUGGUGGGAUGGGUUCUGCUCUGUUGUCCAAACCAGAACUUAUUCAUGAUAUCUUAACAACUUUAAGGAGGAAUUUGAACACACCAGUAACAUGUAAGAUUCGGCUCUUAAAAUCUCCGCAUGAUACUGUGGAAUUAGCCAGGCGAAUUGAGAAAACUGGUGUUUCUGCUCUUGCAGUUCAUGGAAGAAAAGUCCCAGAUAGGCCCAGAGAUCCUGCUAAGUGGAAUGAAAUCGCUGAUGUUGUGUCAGCACUAUCUAUUCCAGUUAUAGCAAAUGGUGAUGUUUUUGAGUAUGAUGAUUUCCAGCGCAUUAAAUCUGCUACAGGUGCCUCAUCGGUGAUGGUUGCGAGAGGUGCACUCUGGAAUGCUUCAAUAUUUCUGCCUGAAGGCAAAGUUUCUUAUGAAGCAGUGAAAAGAGAAUAUAUUAGGAAGUGCAUCGUGUGGGAUAAUGAUAUAAAAAGUACCAAACAUACAUUAAAGGAAAUGAUAAUGCAUUAUUCUUCCUUAGAACUGCCUGAAGGGAAGGCUGUGAUCAAAUCAGAGUCCACAGCAGAUCUAGCCGAACUCUAUGGGCUGAAAGAGUACUACCAGUUAGUUAAACCUGAUUCCUCUUACGGAUAUAGAUAAUUUCUUUUUGGAGCAUCAAAAUUCAAGGUGAGUACGUGGAUGAUGCCCUGGUUUAUGAUUAGUAGGCACCUAAGAAACUUAUGCGUAGCCCUCAUUUGAACUCAAGUUUCAUGUUUGUCAUGGAUGGAGGAAACUAGAUGAGCUAGCUCCUGCAGGCAUGGAUAUAGAUAGAUACUGUAUGAUUUAUUCAUGAAUUGUAAUUUUUUCACAUGGAACUGUAAUUUCUUUAUAGAUAAUUCUUUCUUGGUGAAAUGUGAACAAAAAUGUGAUUGAGACUGGUCUUGUAUUUAGCCCCAUUUUUUGAAUAACUCAAAAAUAUUUUGUUCUUAUAGUUUGUAUAAUUAUUUUACCUAUAUAUUUUCUUUUUAUU